AUGGCGCAAACUCAAGAAGUUUCCGGUGCAAACCACCGGCUGCAGACCAACACCGCUUUGUAUGUCGGCGAUCUUCACCGCAACGUCACCAAAGACGAGCUCUACAAUCUCUUCAACCAGAUUGGCAAUGUUUCUUCCGUUAAGAUAUGCGAGAACAACUUAACCGGAGAAUCUCUCGGUUACGGCUACGUCAAUUUCUCUGACCCACUCAUCGCGGAUAAAGCAAUAGAAGAGCUGAAUUUCACUCCGUUGUAUGGUAAACCUAUUAGAAUAAUGAACUGUAACCGGGACCCUAGAGUUCGGAACAAUGAUGCAGCUAAUCUUUUUGUAAAGAAUUUGGAUAAGGCAGUGGAUCACAAGGCUUUACGGGAUAUGUUUUCUCCCUUUGGGACUAUUGUUUCUUACAAGAUUGCAACAGAUGAUUCUGGCGAGUCAAAAGGAUUUGGUUUUGUGCAGUUCGAGACUGAACAAUCUGCUAAAAACGCAACUUACUCGUUAAAUGGUACCAUGAUGAAUGGUAAACAGGUGUACGUGGGUCCUUUCGUGCGGAAGGAGAAUAGAGAGAGUACGAGUGCUGCAAGUGGCGACAAGUUUACCAACGUCUAUGUGAAAAGCCAGUCCAUUUCAACUACGGCUGAUGACUUGAAGAGAAUUUUUGGAGAGUAUGGAGCUAUUACAAGUGCUGUAGUGAUGAAAAAUUCAGAAGGUGUAUCGAAAUGUUUUGGUUUCAUCAAUUUUGCAAGUGCAGACGAUGCCGCUAAAGCCGUGGGGGAACUAAAUGGAAAGACAUUUGAUGGUAAAGAGUGGUAUGUUGGAAAAGCCAUGAAAAAAUCUGAAAGGCUGCUUGAAUUGAAAGAAAAAUACGGGGGAAGUGAGAAGGAGAGUGCUGCAAACUUGUAUGUAAAGAACUUGAACGAUUCUAUUGGUGAUGCAGAACUCAAGGACCUGUUCUUAAAAUUUGGUACGAUAACCUCGUGCAAGGUUAUGCAAGAUGAAAAAGGCUUCAGUAGAGGAUCAGGAUUUGUUGCAUUUUCGAAGCAGAGGGAAGCAAUUCAGGCUCUUGCUAUGAUGAACGGUUCAAUCGUUGCGGGCAAACCUCUCUAUGUUUCCUUUGCAGAGAGAAAAGCAGAGAGAAAAGCAAGGUUGCAGCAAAACUUUUCACAAAUGAGGCCAACUCAAACGGCCCCUCAUGUUGCACUUGCACCUCGACUGCUACCAUUCCCCCUGGGGUCUCACUCGAUGGGGGAAGAAUAUUUGUACGGGCAAACACCUCCAUUCAUCAUACCACGUCAAGGUGAAUUUGGUUACCAGCAGCAUUGUGUUCCUGGAAUGAGACUAGUUGGUCAGGAGCCAGGAGGACACGGAGGAGCAGGUGCUCCAAUGCCACUUCAACCAUUGGUGCAACAACAGAUGCUUCCAAGGGGACCCUUUGUCUAUCAUCAUGCUCAUGGUCCGGUGGCUUAUGGCACGGGUGGACAGGCAAUGCCCUUUCAGAGCUUGGUCACGGCCCUUGCCAAUGCUAGUCCUGAAAUGCAGAGACAGAUCCUUGGUGAUGCUUUAUACCCGUUAGUAGAAAAUCUGGUGCAUGACUCAACCACAACAGGAAGGGUUACUGGUAUGCUUUUAGACUUGGACCAGCCUGAGGUAUUACAUCUGCUUGAGGAACCAAAUGCUUUCAGGAUCAAAGUUGACGAGAUGAUAAAUACCUUGAGAGACAAAACAAUUGAUAGACUCAAGUCAAUCUCUAUCCUUGAUUAA